CGAUCGUUGUCCACCUUCGCUUGCUACUAAGUGCUGAUGAGUUUGACAGAUCCCAGCAAAUCUUCCUGCAAGCUGUUCAAGGACAGAGCUUCGGGUCAUUCACCGUAGACUCCAGUACAGUCUUCUUCGGCACCACAGAACCAGUAUGCAGAGCACCUCUGGACAUAGUCUUCGUCUUGGACGGGUCAAACAGCGUGGGUCCGACCAACUUUGAACGCAUCAAGACAUGGGUCAAAGCAGUCGUCGGUGACUUCGCCAUAGGCAACAACAACACACAAGUAGGUCUGCUACAGUACGGUACCCGUCCGCGGCUGGAAUUUUCCCUGGAUGUCUUUAGUAGUCAACAGGAAGUUCGUGAUGGUAUUGAUGGAGUGACGUACCUAGGGGGCGUAACUAACAUAGGGGAGGCACUGCGAGCACUCAACUCAGUCGGAUUUGCGGAAAAUAAUGGGGCUCGACCGGCGGCAACCAAAGUGGCCAUCGUGGUAACAGCAGGAACAUCUAGUGAUGGCGUUGCGUCGGCUGCUCGAGAUGUCAAAGGGGGUGGUGUACUAGUCUACGCCAUCGGUGUGGGAGAGUACGACUCAAGCGAACUACAAGAGAUUGCUACCUCAAGUCGCAGCAUUGCAACUCUGGACAGCUUCCUUGGAUUAAACGACUUGAGGACCUCCCUGUUAGCGUCUUCGUGCGCAGUUCCCGACACCUUGGUUCUAUAUUUUACAACAGAUGUGGAAUUCAGCGAACAAUUGCGAAACCCAAGAUCUUCUGCCUUUGUGACUUUAGUCACACAAAUAAACACCGAGCUCCGCGUGCUGUUCACAGACAUCGCUGGGUUUUAUGGCGCUGUUGUUGCCGGUUUCAGUUCUGGGUCGAACAACAAGGUACAAGUGUAUCUCAAAGUGUCAGUGGCUUCGUACAUCAGUGUGACACUUCAGCUACGACUGGAGACUACUGUAAAUACGGGGAGUAUCGGUAGCUUGUUCGUCAUUACUGGAUCAUCGGGAGUCCUGCGGGAAGACAUACCGGCGACAGCGGUCAGUCUGGUAGUGCGGGAACGGUGCAGUGGAGACCUUUAUGAUCCUAAGUCUCCAGUGUACACGGGUUUUGUCAUGCGCGUCGAGUCAGCGAUACUAUCCAUUCUUGGACACAUCCCUGGGCUACUGUCGGUUCAAGUAACUCAUGUUGGCUGUGUGGGAUUGAACAUCAGAAUCACCGUCAACGUAGUUCUAGUUUCAUCAUCCUCAAAUACCCUUGUGGCUAAUUUAUCCGCGGCUGUGGAAUCAGGCAGAGUGGGUAACCUGACUGUUGACCCAUCCUCACUUCUCUUCGGCAAAGCGGCACUACUCUGCGGUAAUUCGUUGGAUAUCAUCUAUCUUGUCGACGGUUCCGGAAGCGUUGGAGCGAACAACUUUGAGAAAGUCAAACUAUUCAUCAAGAAGGCUGUUUCGGGAUUUGUUAUCGGUCCCGCUGCUACACAAGUUGGGGUCAUACAAUACAGCAGUAAAAUCAGGCAAGAAUUUUCAAUGAAUUCUUUCCAAACGGUUAGCGGUUUACUGGGAGCAAUUGAUGCCAUGGAAUACAUGCAAGGUGGCACACUGACGGGACGAGCUAUCCGUUACGCCAGCAAGUAUGGCUUCUCAGUAUUCGACGGAGCUCGUCGAGGAGUUCCCAAGGUGCUGGUUGUUGUGACGGAUGGAGUCUCGUCAGACGAAGUAGCUAUUCCGGCUUUGGAAGCACAGCGACAAGGCAUUUUUGUGUACGCCAUUGGUGUUUCUAACUACGACGCAGAACAACUGCAGAAAAUUGCCAGUACGAACGAGUCCUCGGCUAUGGUGGACAACUUCAACCUCUUGGACAGCGUGAGGAACACAUUGCUGACGAGCGUGUGUGAUGUGACACCUCCUGUCUAUGCAUCUGUGAUAUUGAACACCCAGUUCACGACAGCGCUCCGAAACCCAGGAUCUGCUGAGUAUACCAAUCUCUCUGUCAGAGUAAAGACGGAGGUUUCACGGUUGUUCCUUUCCAUCGUUGGAUUUCGAAGUGUGUCUGUUGUUGACUACCAAGCAGCGGCUGGCAAUCGAGUGAAAGUUGUGUUGGUAGUGUUUGUUUCCGAGUUCGCAGUAACCAGCACGAAUCAAACGUUCAUCAGCAUAACUCACACAGGGAGUAUAGGAUCGAUUUCUGUCGAUGCAUCAUCAGCUUUCGUUGUUGGAGAGGAAACCGUACCAGUUGUGGUGAGUCUUGUUGUGAGGGACCUUUGCAACGCCGAUCUACUCAACCCAGAUUCUGCAACGUACAGGGCAUUCGUCACUCAAGUAGAGAGCGCGGUAUUGUCAAUUCUAGGAAACAUUCCAGCAGUGCUUUCCGUAAGAGUAACCGGAAUCCGUUGCUCGGGACUUAACGUCCAGGUGACUAUCAGUGUGACCGUUACCUCAACGUCUUCCAAUCUCCUGAUCACUACUGUGUCUACGGCUGUACGACAAGGAAGCAUCGGGAACUUGACUGUCAAUGCGGACUCCUUUUUGUCGGGGAUGGCAGCUCUGGUGUGCCAGAAUCCGCUGGACAUCAUUUUUCUAAUUGACGGAUCCGGAAGCGUCGGUGCAUCCAACUUUGAAAAGGUCAAGCAGUUGAUGCAAAAGACUAUUACAGGGUUUGACAUCGGUCCCAACACAACCCAAGUCGGGGUCAUCCAAUACAGCUCGACAGUCAGACAGGAAUUUUCCAUGAACACCUUCCACACAAAUGAAGCUGUGUCGACAGUAAUAGAUGAGAUAGGAUACAUCCGAGGCGGCACGCUGACAGGAAAAGCUAUUCGAUAUGUGAGUAGAUAUGGCUUUGCAGAGAGAGAUGGAGCUCGUCCUGGAGUACCCAAAGUUCUCAUCGUCGUGACGGAUGGUGUCUCAUCUGACGCAGUAAAACAGUCGGCGUUAGAGGCGCAGCAGAAAGGAAUUUUCGUGUUCGCGAUAGGUGUUGCCGGCUACGAUAUGGCCCAACUGGAACAGAUUGCAAGCAGCAAUAGGUCUCUGGCUGUGGUGGACAACUUCAAUCUCUUGGACAGCUUGAGGAACUCGCUUCUAACGGGAGUUUGUGAUGUUCCAUCGCCUGUGGUCAUAAGUCUCACACUGACCAUCCAGUAUUCCACAACAAUGAGGAACCAAACCUCUAUUGAGUUUGGCAGUAUUUCUACAAGCCUUGCAACCGAGUUAUCUCGGAUCUUCGUCGAUAUUCCGGGAUUUCAAGGCUUGACCAUUGUGGGUCUGCAACCAACACCCACGAAUCAGGUGAAGGCGACCAUUACUGUGUUUGUGGCGCAAUUUUCAACAACCACGAUGAAAGUAACAUUCAUCAGUGCCGUGCAAACUGGGAGCUUGGGGUCAAUAUCAGUGAAUACGUCUUCUGCACUCGUCAUCGAACAAGAUGCCACGCAGUUGUUAGUAAGCUUUGUCAUCACGGAUCCGUGCAACGCCGAUUUUCUCAACUCAGACUCUGCAGCGUACAUGCAAUUCGUCAUUCGAGUGGAGAAUGCGCUGCUUUCGAUUCUUGGAAAUAUACCGGGAAUACUGUCUGUGAAAGUGACCAGCAUCAGUUGCUCUGGGCUUUACAUCAGAGUGACUAUUAGUUUAGGAGUCGUAUCAGCGUCCUCUGGUGGACUUGUCACGGCAAUCUCUACAGAUGUAUCAUCAGGAAGUGUAGGUGACCUGACUGUCGAUCCAACUUCGUUCAUUUCAGGGGAAGAAGCGCUGGUGUGUCGAACUCCUCUGGACAUCAUUUUAUUGCUAGAUGGGUCUGGAAGUGUAGGGGCCUACAACUUCGAGAAAGUGAAACAGUUUUCUCAAAAGCUCGUCGAGACCUUUGACAUCGGUCCAUCUGCAACGCAAAUAGGGGUUAUCCAAUACAGCACGCGUGUGAGACAGGAAUUCUCCAUGAACAGCUUCCAAAGCAAAGAAACUUUGUCCAAUGCAGUCGACGAUAUUGCAUACAUGCGAGGCGGUACACUGACUGGAAGGGCUAUCAGGUAUGUGAGCAGGUACGGCUUUGCAAGAUCGGAUGGAGCUCGUCCGGGAGUAGCAAAAGUGCUUAUUGUCGUCACAGAUGGCAUUUCGUAUGACGGAGUGGCAACACCAGCAUAUAAAGCAAGACAGAAGGGAAUCCUUGUCUACGCUAUUGGUGUGUCAGGCUACGACCUGACGCAGCUCGAGCAGAUCGCCAGCAAUAACAGGACCUUGGCUGUGGUGGACAACUUCAACCUGCUGGAUAGUCUGAGGAACACACUUUUGACUGGAGUUUGCGAUGCCGUGCCACCAGUCUUUGUGUGUGUAACAUUGACUACCCAGUUCUCCAUACAACUGAGAAACCCUGACUCGAGCGAAUUCUCCAGCAUCACCAGUGCUCUCAUUGCAGAGGUAUCCCAACUAUUUACCUCCAUCGUGGGAUUCCAAGGAGCAACUGUGGUUGGUUACCAACCUGCCCCUGACAAUCAAGUAAAAGUAUCAAUUGCUGUCUUUGUUGCUGAGUUUGCUGCUACUACUAUGAAGCAAACAUUUGUUGUUGCUGUAAGCACUGGCAACUUGGGG